AUAUAUAACAAACCCCACAAUCCCCACCCUUUGCUUCCUUCAUUACUCUCUCAUAUUACCUUAUUUUUUUAAGCUCUCUCUUCCAAAUUCUCACUCCCUAGCUAAUUUGUUAGGUCACUUGUACACAUCCCAAUUUCUCUCAUUUUCUUUCUCUCUUUAGAUCACAUGGCCAUGGAAUUAGCUCAAGAAGAAUUCAUGGGUUCUAAUGAUCCUUCUCAGAUCGUUAAAGGCAAGCGUAGCAAGCGCCUUAGGUCAUCAUCUGCCGGCAUAACCUCUAGCUCCUCCAGUGGUACUUGCGGUGGAUCCGGAGGAGGAGAACCAGAACAUGUAUCAAUUUCCUCUCCUACAAGUUGCAGUGAUGAGAUUUAUGAGAGCACAGAAGAAGAAGAAGACAUGGCCAAUUGCUUGAUUCUAUUAGCUCAAGGUGACGGUCCGAGGAGACAACAAGUGAUGAGAGAUGAAAAUAAUAGAAAAUUCUCAGAAGUUUCAGCCAAUCCAACAACGAACAAAGCUAGUUUCUUUGUUUAUGAGUGCAAAACUUGCAACCGUAGCUUCCCUUCGUUUCAAGCUUUAGGUGGUCACAGAGCCAGUCAUAAAAAGCCAAAGUCCAUAAUUUCGCCAUUGUUGGAUGAGCUUCAAGAUUGCCAAUUGAAUAAAAGUAGCCCUGAUCAUCAUCUUCUUCAUCCUCUUUCUCUACAGAUAUCUAACAAAAGUUGCAGUUUUGUUGGUAAUAAUAAAUCCAAGAUUCAUGAAUGCGCCAUUUGUGGCUCUGAGUUCACAUCUGGUCAAGCUCUUGGUGGUCACAUGAGGAGACACAGAGCUAACAGUUCAGCCAAUAAUAAUCAAGUGGUUAUCUCUGCUACUGAUUCGAGCAGUGAAGACCAGAUCAAGCAAAGAAAUAUUUUGGCUUUGGAUCUUAACCUUCCAGCACCGGAAGAAGACCAUCACCACCAUCGUGAAUCCAAGUUCCAGUUUCCAUCCACACAACAAGCUCUAGCUUUCUCCGCCCCAACCUUGGUGGACUGCCAUUACUGAGGAGAGAAGAAUUUUUUUUUUUUUUCCUUUUCUUUUUAAUAAUUAAGCAUUCAUAGGAGAUAUCAAUGUGAAUUAUUAUUUUUAUAAAAUUGGAAUUAUGCUA